AGCAGAUAUAUAUCUAUGACACAUCGUAUUAUUAUCACUGAGAUAUACAGGACUCCAUGGCUUCUGAAAGCCUGAGAUCUUCUUAUAUAUCCGCCCGGCCAACCGAGAAGGAACCGGAUAUCCCGGUUAUUGAGGAUGAUGAGACACUCGUUGAUGUUGUUCGAAAGCUAUCCAAUUACUUGAGUCAGGCAAUUCCGGAGGUCUCCUAUACAUUUGAGCAAUUGAGGUCGUCACCUCAUGGUCAUGAUAUCCGGUUGCUUGUACAUUCCCUGGCGGACAACUCGCGCAAUCCAUUAAUAAUUGCUGCUUUGAUGAUCCUAAAAUGGCAAUUCGAAAACACUGGUGAUACAGACUGGGCCGUGAACGAGAGCCGUGGAUUCGCCUGCGAAUAUAUAGCCUGGCAGUUCCUCUGUCAUCUGACCCAGGAUGAAGAAAUCGAGUAUCUAUUGUGGGAGAUUCCUAGUCCCCAGCGUAGAUCUGCUUCGUUCUCCUUGGAUGAAAGAGAAGCUGCCUUCAGAACUGGGGAACAAGGUACUUCGCAUGAUAUUGAAAGGACACCGCUGCGGAGAUCUUCGUAUAUCUCUCGCUUUCUUGGAAGGAAAAGUGACGAUGUUCCCUCGGGCGAAGAUGCUGGAGAUACUGAGGAUCCUUUUUAUGCGAGACUUUCGCUAUUCUUUGGCUUGAAUGCUCUCGAGAUUGCGACUAUAGCACAAGCGAAGAAGUUUCUCAGUCAGAAGGUUGUCCAAAAGAUUAUCGAUAAUAUCUGGAAUGGUGAGAUUGUAUUCUGGGACUCACUGAGCGUGCAUUCAAGAAAGAGACCGCACUUCUUCAACGAAAAAACAGCAGACCCAUACUCACGAUUGAGAGUUCCUCUGUACCGCAAAGCUUUUGAGGCCGGAUUCUUCGUCUCAUUCUUGUGCCUCUAUUACGCCGUCCUGGUAGAAAGAAAGCCCACGGGGAUAGGCGUUUUCGAGACCCUGAUGUAUAUCUGGAUUGCCGCAUUCGCAUACGACGAGCUGAGUGGGAUGACCGACGCAGGGGUAGCGUUCUACCAGAUGGAUUUCUGGAAGAUCUGGAAUUUAGGAAUCAUCGGCACGGGGCUUGCCUUUGUUAUUGCAAGAGUUGUGGGACUGGCAAAGGAGAGUGAUGGUAUUACGGACAUCUCCUUUGAUAUUCUAUCUUUGGAAGCAUUGUUCCUUGUUCCGAGAAUCUGCUCGCUCGUUAGUCUGAAUUCUUAUUUUGGAAGUCUGAUACCGGUGUUGAAAGAAAUGACCAAAGCGUUCUUCCGUUUCAUCCCUGUAGUUAUUGUGCUGUACUUAGGGUUCCUAACAACGUUCACGAUGCUGGCGCGAGACCGACUGACUCUUCGACAAAUGUCAUGGAUCCUGGUCAAGGUGUUCUUUGGAUCAAACGUCUUGGGAUUUGAUAUUGCUCAUGAUAUUUCCCCGAUCUUCGGCUACGGUUUGAUGCUGAUUUUCGUCUCCAUGACGAAUUUGCUGUUAAUUUCCUCUUUGGUCAGUUUGAUGAGUAUGAGUUUGGAGGGUGUGCUGUCGCAUGCGCGCGAGGAAUAUCUCUUCCAAUUAUCUAUUUACGUGCUGGAAAGCAGUAAUUCUCGACGACUGACCUACUUCAUGCCACCAAUGAACCUGAUCCCCCUUUUGUGCAUCCGACCUUUGCGGCUCUUUCUACCUGCAGAGUCUAUCCGUCGCGUUCGCAUUCUCCUACUCCGUGCUACACAUCUCCCAUUUGUCGCUUCGAUUCGGGCAUACGAAGCCAUCCGACGACACCGUCCCAUCGCCACCCCUACAACAAGACGAAGGAGCACAAGUACGAGAAGAUACUGUUACGACCACGACCCGCUUAUAGAUAGGGACGAAGCCCCGACGGCGUUAGGGCCCGACCCUGGUAGGGCAUUUAGGACUAAAACUAAGGCGGGAGGACAACCCGAAGCGCGCGGACCAGCACCGGAACAGACCGGUCGAGAUGUGGUUGAACUGACGGAUGUGAUCGACGAGGUGGAUCAGUUGCGCACCCAGGUGGAUCGGGUGGUUGCCCUGAUGGCUGUACGGAGGAGGCAUUGACUGCUGAAUACGGAGCAGACUCGAAACCAACUGAUGGUGGUGAUGGUAGGAAUGUGUGACGAUAUGGCAGAAUGACUCAGGAAGACCGGAAAAAGGAAGGAGAAGAGGGGAAGAAUUGACUGAUAGUGGGGAGCGGACGGGCCACAGCGGAGAGUAAUAUGGAUACGCACAAACCGUGGAGGCUGGAUGUGGUGCUCCAUACUCCGUACCAUGGAUACUUCUACCC